UUAAAAACAAAAUCAGUAAUAAUAAAUCUGUUGAUAUUUUACAGACUGAUGCAUAUUACCAACAAUUUUAUAUCACUUAAAUACCUAUGGCCAAUAAAACACCUUUGAGAAAUAUCAGCACGGGUGUUAUCUGCCCCUUUUGAAUUAUCGUUGUUUCCGCUCAUAUUGCUAUCUCUAAUCACUUUAUUAUUUUCCAUUUUGCUUGUUAUUUAUAGUUCCUCUUGUGAUCAGUUUCCAAAAUUUAUUCAUUAGCUGUAAACAAACUGGAGCUCGUCACACAGAAACACGCACGCACACGCACGCACACACGCACACACGCACACACACACACACACACACACACACACACACACACACACACACACACACACACACACACACACACAAGAGAAGAACAUCAAAACGGGAUGUGACUGAUCAAUUUCAAAUUUUGGGCGGGAAAAGCAAAGGUGAAUGAUAUCGGCGUCUGCUUUCAAAUCGGCACGCAGUCUCAUAACGGCUAUGAAGUGUGAAGGAUGUUUGCUCUUGGAAAUACGACUUAUUCGAACGGUUUUGUUGUUAUUAUUAUCAUCUUGUGCACAUAAUAUGCCUAUAACGGCUGUCUAAGACAUCUUGCUCCCGCGGCCUCGGUAUUCUUGCACAGGGUCGUGAGGACGCGGCGCUGCGUCAUCUGCGGCCCUCGGACACUCCAGCUGGUGUCAUGGCGUCGCGGUCAAGGUGACGACCCGCUGAAGGCCACCUGCGCCCUCCAGCUGGCACCGACGUCCCUUUUACACUCCGACCAUGUUUAAUAUGAGCACCGCAGCGCCCCUUUUGGCUGCCGCGCUGACGACCCUCGCCCCGCCCACGGCACAACCAACGCUCGCGCCCACGUCCUCCACGCCCUCCAUCUCGCCCCCGGUCUCUCUACAGCCGCCUUCGCUCAAUCCUUCCCUCAACCUAACCGCGGGCGUGAGCGUGGGCGUGAACGAGACCGCCCUUCCCGCGGCCAACGAUGACGACGUCUACGCCACCUUCCUGGACGUCUCGCGGUACGUGGUGCAGCGGGUGUUGGUGCCCCUCGUCCUCGUCGUGGGCGUUGUGGGCAACUCCGUAACGAUCGUGGUCCUGACGAGGCGGCAGAUGAGAUCCUCCACCAACAACUACCUGACGGCCCUCGCCAUCUCCGACCUCCUGUACCUGGUGUUCAUCUUCUCGCUCUCCAUCCGCCACCACCCCGGCAUGGACCACCCGCACCACUGGUUCUACUGGCACUACUUCCGCUACGCUCUCUGGCUCACCGACGCCACCAGUAGCACCUCCAUUUGGCUCACAGUCACCUUCACAAUUGAACGGUACAUCGCUGUCUGUCAUCCUAUUAAGGGAAAGGUCUACUGCACAGAGAGCCGGGCCAUGAUCGUCAUCGGCGUUGUCUACGCGCUGUGCUUCACCCUGACUGCUUCGACCCCGCACGAAUGGGUCAUCGAGGAGGUUCGAGACAACGCCACGGGAACCUCGGUGCUCCGGCUCGACUAUUCGGACCUCGGACGCAACGAUACCUACAAGAUGGUAUUCUACUGGUUCACGGCCGUGUGCUUCAUCCUGCUUCCCCUCGUGCUUCUGUCGGUGUUCAAUUCCUUCCUAAUCUACGUGGUGAAGCAAAGCCGAGCCCAGCGACGGACCAUGACGAACCAGCGACUUGAGAGGGACACCCACUCGCAGUCGCAGGAAAACAAGAUUACUGUGAUGCUGAUCGCUGUGGUUCUGUUGGCUCUCGUCUGUCAGCUGCCUGUGGCCGUCCUGUUGCUCUACAAGUCGUUUAAUGAGUCCGAACCCAACACCAUGUCCGACAACAUCGAGCGCGGCCUCGGCAACAUCUUCAACCUGCUCUCGGCCAUCAACGCGGCCUGCAACUUCGUCCUGUACUGCGCCAUGAGCGACAAAUACCGGCGUACCUUCCUGCGUACCUUCUGCUCGCGCUGGUACCGUCAGCCGUCGCCCCUGCACUCCUGGAUGGCCACGGCGUACAGCAACGUAGACGACGGCAGCCCCAGGUUCUCGAGAAUGUCGUCCAUGCGCAUGUCCAGGCGAUCCUCACACAGGAGCAGCGGGUCGGGGAGUCCGAGGGGCAGCCCCCCCCACGGGCGGUGCCACCUGGGCGGGCGUCACCCGGGACACUACCUGACGGUGCCCAGCCCGACCCGAACGCCCACCCCCGCCCUCCUUGCACCCGCCCACGCCAACCUCAAUGACGACGCCCCUGCCUCACGCCCACUCCUGAGGAAGGUCACUUCCGUCGCGGGACCGGACGACGCAGACCCGCGUGUGAGCGACGCCGCCGCAGCCUCUCUGCUCAACGGGUCGCCCUCCGCCCGCAGCGCCCCACCCGCGCCGGCCAAGGGCCCCCUGCAGCGCCUAGCCCGCCGGCUGGCCGCCCUCAGGCCCCGGGGGCGGCGCGGGGCGGGCUCGGCCACCAGUAGCCAGCUGGCGGGCACGCACAUCGUCAUCACGUGCCAACAGCCGUCGCAGGACGAGCAGACGGCGCUCUAAGCAGAUCGGGAGGCUUCACGUGCACACGCAUGAACGCAUAUACAUUCGUAUAUGGGUGUGUGCACACACACUUACAUAUACACAUACAUACACACACACACUCAU